AUGCGAAGACGCUUUGAUGACCCGUUAGAAAAGUUAUUAACUACGUAUGGGCAAGAUGGUCCAUACUUUUUAGGUAAUCAAUUGACAUAUGCUGAUAUACAAUUUUAUGAUAAGGUGUCGACGUUAUUAAGCGCGGAUGCCACUGUCUUAGACAACUAUCCAAAAUUAAAACGCAAUCAUGCCGAAGUCGAAAAACAGCCAAAAAUAGCCGCCUAUAUUAAAUCACGUCCACAAACAUCAUUUUAA